AUGUUCAGAAUCCGCUGUCAUGGCUCCCGCGCGUAUUCUGAAUACGCCAGGCUCACGGCACAGUAUGGCAAGCUCGUUCGUAUAGGUCCUAACGAUGUGAUCACGUCCGAUCCGGAGCUUAUUAGGCGCAUGUCAGCAGCGAAGUCCACUUAUGAGCGCAGCAGCUGGUACAAGGCGACUCGGCUAGACCCAUACCACGAUAUGAUGGGUAGCGUGCUUGACAAGUCUGCUCAUCACUCAUUGAGGACGAAACUUUCUCCAGGUUACGUGGGAAAGGACAUUCCAGGACUAGAGGCCAGUAUUGACUCGGGAAUCGCGGAACUGGUCGAUUUGAUCCGCCUUAAGUACACGUCGAGGUCAAAGGCUGCCAACAUUCCUGAAACAGGCGAAAAGGACCAGGUCUCUAAGCCCUCGGAUUCAGAGUCUGUCGAUUUCGGCCGCCUUGCAGACUACUACGCCAUGGAUGCGCGGUCGAGGAUGUCGUUUGGUCGGCCUAUCGGACUUCUGCAGAAAGACACGGAUGUCUUUGGCCUUAUCAGAACGUCGAAUAUCGCUAUAGAUGUGCUGCAAUUCUUCACGGACAUUCCCGCGCUUCAGAUGAUCUUCACGUCGGAUCUCGUGCUGAGACUCUUGGGCCCAAAGCCGACGGAUUCGAGUGGUUUCGGAAAGAUUAUGGGGUAA